GCCGCAGCGGCCGACGUGUCGUGUGUCCCGCGAGUGUGGUGUGUGCGCGCUGUGGAUCUGGUGUUGGAAUACAGUGAGAACGUAGUGUUUUGAAUUGUUGGUGCUAUGCUCAAGUGUGUUUGAAAGGAUAAUUGUGCAUUUGGAUAUAAAUAUAGGCCCGGGCCGGCGGCGGCGCCGCGCGCGGCGCGGCAUGGGGCGGGCAUGGCGGUGACGUGCCCCGACCUCAUGUACGGCGCCUACUACCCCUACCUGUACGGCCGCGGCCGCUCCUUCCACCACGCGCCGCACUUCCAGUAUGACCGGUUUAACGUGCAGACGGGCAACGGCGGCGAGGGCUACGGCGCGGCGGCCGGCGUCAGCAGCGGCUCGGCGUCGUCCGGCGCGCAGUCCCCCGGCUCCCCUCCCCACGCGGCGCACCUGCGCGCCAAGGAGGAGCUGGCGGCGCCCGGCCGCGCCAGCGCCGACGGUGGCGGGUCAUCAGAGUCGGAGGGCGAGUGCGCCGCGCACGGGCGCGCGCGUGCGCAGUACGUCAGCGCCAACUGCGUGGUGUUCACGCACUACUCGGGAGAUGUCGCGGCCGUCGUGGACGAGCACUUCGCCAAGGCCCUCGCGACAGACAAGCCUAAAGAGAGUGUCCCGAUGGUGUCCCGCAACCUGCCGGCGUCGUUCUUCAACGCGGCGGCCGGCGCGGCCUGCGGGGUCGACCUCUACGACUACGACCCCUGGCACCAACAUUACUCAGGGUGAGUGUCCCGCGG